CGCCCGAGGCCCGGCCCCUCCUCCCUGCCCCCUUCCUCGGUUCGUCCGUCCCUCUCGGGUCCCAGCGUCGCUGUCUCGCUAGCCCAGCGCACGCUCCGCCUCCGUCAGUCGGCUCCGCUGUCUAGUGAGCAGCGUGGACAGAAGCCGGGGCCGGACGCGCGGCCCGGGCUGGGGGCUGGGAGCGCGGCGCGCACGGCCUCCCGGAGCAAGAUCGGCCCCCGCCACCGGGCGAGGCCGGCGCCGCGAUGGCAGAGAUGGGCAGUAAGGGGGUGACGGCGGGGAAGAUCGCCAGCAACGUACAGAAGAAGCUCACCCGCGCGCAGGAGAAGGUCCUUCAGAAACUGGGGAAGGCAGAUGAGACCAAGGAUGAGCAGUUUGAACAGUGCGUCCAGAAUUUCAACAAGCAGUUGACUGAGGGCACCCGACUGCAAAAGGAUCUCCGGACUUACCUGGCUUCAGUCAAAGCCAUGCACGAGGCCUCCAAGAAGCUGAACGAGUGUCUACAGGAGGUGUAUGAGCCCGACUGGCCCGGCAGGGACGAAGCCAACAAGAUUGCUGAGAACAACGACCUGCUGUGGAUGGACUACCACCAGAAACUGGUGGACCAGGCGCUACUGACCAUGGACACGUACUUAGGGCAGUUCCCUGACAUCAAGUCACGCAUUGCCAAGCGGGGACGGAAGUUGGUGGACUAUGACAGUGCCCGGCACCACUAUGAGUCCCUUCAAACCGCCAAAAAGAAGGAUGAAGUCAAAAUUGCCAAGCCUGUCUCGCUGCUUGAGAAAGCCGCCCCCCAGUGGUGCCAAGGCAAACUGCAGGCUCAUCUCGUAGCUCAAACUAACCUGCUCCGAAAUCAGGCGGAGGAGGAGCUCAUCAAGGCCCAGAAGGUGUUUGAGGAGAUGAAUGUGGACCUUCAGGAGGAGCUGCCAUCCCUGUGGAACAGCCGUGUAGGUUUCUAUGUCAACACGUUUCAGAGCAUCGCGGGCCUGGAGGAGAACUUUCACAAGGAGAUGAGCAAGCUCAACCAGAACCUCAACGACGUGCUGGUCAGCCUGGAGAAGCAGCACGGGAGCAACACCUUCGCAGUCAAGGCCCAGCCCAGAAAGAAAACUAAACUGUUCUCCCGGUUGCGCAGAAAGAAGAACAGUGACAAUGCCCCUGCCAAAGGGAACAAGAGCCCUUCGCCUCCACCAGAUGGCUCCCCUGCGGCCACCCCUGAGAUCAGAGUGAACCAUGAGCCAGAGCCAGCCAGCGGGGCCACACCCGGGGCCUCCAUCCCCAAGUCCCCGUCUCAGCUCCGGAAAGGUCCACCAGUCCCUCCGCCCCCCAAACACACCCCGUCCAAGGAGGUCAAGCAGGAGCAGAUCCUCAGCCUGUUUGAUGACACGUUUGUCCCUGAGAUCAGCGUGACCACCCCCUCCCAGUUCGAGGCCCCGGGGCCUUUCUCUGAGCAGGCCAGUCUGCUGGACCUGGACUUUGACCCUCUCCCACCUGUGGCAAGCCCUGUGAAGGCGCCCACACCCUCUGGUCAGUCAAUUCCGUGGGACCUCUGGGAGCCCACAGAGAGUCCAGCUGGCAGCCUGCCUUCCGGGGAGCCUAGUGCUGCUGAGGGCACAUUUGCUGUGUCCUGGCCCAGCCAGACGGCCGAGCUGGGGUCUGCCCAACCAGCAGAGGCCUUGGAGGUGGCAGGUGGGACCCAACCUGCGCCUGGAGCCCAGGAGCCUGGGGAGACGGCGGCAAGUGAAGCAGCCUCCAGCUCUCUUCCGGCUGUGGUGGUGGAAACAUUCUCAGCAACUGUGAACGGCACUGUGGAAGGCAGCAGUGGGGCAGGGCGUUUGGAUCUUCCCCCGGGCUUCAUGUUCAAGGUGCAGGCCCAGCACGACUACACGGCCACUGACACAGAUGAGCUGCAGCUCAAGGCUGGCGACGUGGUACUGGUGAUCCCCUUUCAGAACCCUGAGGAACAGGAUGAAGGCUGGCUCAUGGGUGUAAAGGAGAGUGACUGGAACCAGCACAAGGAGUUGGAGAAAUGCCGGGGCGUCUUCCCUGAGAACUUCACGGAACGGGUGCAGUGAUGGAGGAGCUCCCACAGUCCUCUGGGCGUGUGAAGAACACCUUUUCCCCCUGAAAAAUGUGUGUUUCUUUUUUUUUUUUUUCCUUCUUCUUUUCUGUUUUUGUUUUUAAACUUUUGAAAUGCAAAGGGAAAUCGAGAGAUGAGAGACCUUAGCCAAAAGGUAUUCUCCCAGAUUAGGUUGUUCUCCAAAAAGCCCAAUCCUGGCCAGUCUGGUGGAAUUUGCCAGUGUUUCUGAAGCUGCUGUGGUCCCUAGUUGAGUUCCUGGCGCCCCUGUCUGUGCCCGCAUGUGUGCCUGGCUGCAGGGCGGGCUGGGGGCCGCCAAGCCACCGCCACGCUUGCCUGAAGCUUCAGCCACGUCACCUGGGCAGGGGUCUUCUUUACCUGGCAGCUGCUGUGGGUGGGCGCAGACACCAGCCCUGCCUGGCCCUGCCCCGCAGACCAUCUGUGUGCUGUUUGAAAAUAAACCUUAGUGUUCAAACAAAAUGAAACAAAGAACAAAAAAACCUGACAAAAACGCUCAAAAAAAUGCCUGUGUGUUUAUUUUGCCAUCCCACCCAUCAUCUGUAUCAGGACUCCAGGAGUCCACAGAGAGAAAAACCAAGACCCUGCUGGUGAAUGGGAGUCUGAGAGUUUGGUCCAGACCAUGGGGAAGGCCUGAGUCUGGAGGACUAGGAAGGCCCAGGUCCAGGCCAUGCUUGGCUGGCCUGGCUUCACCCUCUUGUGGCCCACACUGAAUCCAGUCCCAGCUCCUCAGCUCCAUCAGUGAUGUACGCCAGUCUGAGCAGCCCAGAAAGAUGACACAACUGUGACCUGGCCUUCCCAGGAGCUGAGGGAGUUAUGCCAGUGACCCAGGAACCAGCCUGGACUUGCAGAUGCAAAGAACUUGUCUUCACAAAAAUCUGCACUGAUAGUAAAAGCUGGUGAUCGAGGUGACUGAGAAUCUGAGCUUUAUUUUAGAGUUAGACUCUCUGGACUUUGCUUUAGGAACGUCCUUGCUAUUGGCCCUGACUUGUCCUGUGGGUGACAGAUAGUGCUGAAUCUGCCAUCCAUAACUUCCUUGAGCAGUAGAAGUUACAGCGGUAGGAAACAGAGGGCUCCUUUCUAGACACCCCUCCUUUGAAAGCUUUUGCUUUUUCUGCCUCCUUGCCUCCUUCCCUCCCUCACUCCUCCACUCUUUCCACGUUGACAGCCUUUUUCCCUUGGUCUAGCUGGAUUUGGUGCCCAGACCUGGCCAGUUCCACUGCUUCUGAAUCUGGGAUGUGUGUACCCUGGGCUGUAUGAGGGGUGUGCAGCCAGGGUAGCAACAUGAGGGAUCUUCACUUUUACUUCAGUGUAAAAAUUUAAAACAUAAUCCUUGAAAACAUCUAGGAGAAAGAAUUUGCAUUAGAUUUAUGACAAUAUGAGAUUAGACUCAAAGAUAGGUCAGAUGAUAACUUUGUUGCCCCUGACCCUCAAGGGAGUUCUGACCCUUGCGGUUGGGAUAGUUUGGCAAGAAAGCCCUGGUCGGGGCCUGUAGGGCGCUGCACAGAGGAGCAGGUAGGUCUCCAGAGACAGUGCCCAGAGCAAGCAUCCAGCUCCCCUUGAGCCUUAGCUGGGUUGUGUGUUGGGGUGGCACUAGGUUUCAGUCAGGGAAAUUCGGAGCCAGGCAGCCUGAACAAGAGAUCAGGGAGGUGAAGAACUGGGCAGAGAACUGAGCUGAGGACAGGUUGGAAUGGAGGAAAUGAGCAAGAGGCAGGUGAGGGUGUGAGCCAAUUUUUACACCUGGCACCUGGACACGCACUGCCUGGAGGGUUUGUCAAGCCCUGGCUUGAUUUGGGUUGAUGGGUGGCCAAGGAGACCUGGUCCCUGGGCAGAGCUCCUGGCUUUCACAAGGGGUAGGCCAGGGUAGGUUCUGGGACCUACACUGAGGCUGGAGGCUCUUGCAGACCUUGUGCUUUUGGGGGGCCAGGCGAGGGGUUUGGAAGGAGCCUACCUCAGGCAGUCCUCUUCUCUGGCUCCCCUUUGGCCUCCAAGAGCCAGGAGAGUGGUGGGUAAGAUUGUGACAGUGUGGAGCUGGGAUUGGACAGAGCAAGGCCUAGGCAGGUGGGUCAAUUGUGUGUGGGUGUCCUGGGGGGCCUGAAUUUUUCAGGUGCCUGAGGAAGGGACAGGACCCACAUGGAGGCAGUCCUAAGGCUUCCUGGCAGGUGUGGGCCUGUCAUGGAAUCUGUGAAAGUCUUUAGAAAACUGAUUUACUUAUUUAUUACUUCUCUGUGUUAUGAACCAAGUUGCUGAUGGGAAGCAGGAUUAGUCCCCAUGUGGAACUUGGCAGCUAGAAUCAUAAUACACACUUUAGGGUGAUAGAACACUUGCCUAACAUGCAUGAGGGUGUGGGUUCAAUCCUCAGUACUGCAAAAAUACAUGUAUAUAACAUAUACACAUUGUCAGUGUGAAUGGUCCAAAUGACCCUGUGGUCGAGGCCAUGGGCUCUGCACAAAGGGCCCCUGAAGUGUCUCAGAAGUCUCUAUCCCAGCUCAGGGAACUCCCCCUGGUCCCUUUACCUUCCUUUUAGCUCCUAAGGCAUCUGUAGUGGUAGGUCACUGCCCCAGGCACACCAUAUGGCCUUUUGCUUCCCAUCCUUGGUUGGAUUUGGUAACCAUGGUUUUAGGUUCCUCUGGCUGGAGACCUUUUGGCCCUGCCUCUGGGAAUUUAAGUAUCCUUACCAAUGCCCCCGCCUCCCAAACCAGGCUUCCUGAAGGGAGGCCAAGCAUUGGGUUCAUUUGCUCAAAAGCCUUGACUGGGCACCCUUGUGUCUAGGUAUGUGGGCACUCAGGCCUUCCAUAAUACUCUUGGUUCCCUGUCCUCUUGUGUUAGCUUCAUCUUGGGACUGGUCUCCUGGGGUUCUGGUUUGAUGUCUGCACACUUCCUUACCAGAAGCUCCCAGCACAUCUUUGUUUCAUUGGCGUGAUCUGUGUCAGGUACUCAGUCCUGAACCAAUGACUGUGGCUGGAGGUGGGACCUGCAGACAGGUCCAAGACAAAUAGGGCCUGGAGCUGCAGGUGGGCAGGUUAGGUGAGGCAGGGGUGAACCACUGAGCAAAAAAUGGCUUCCGAGGAGAAGGGGCAGUGAAUCCUAGGAGCUCAGACCCAUGUAUGUCCACUCCACAGUGGCAUCUAGAAAGGGCAUGAAACCAGGGAACUUAAAUGGGCAUAUAAACUAUGAAUGAGUGUGUAUGUGAGUAUGUGUGUAUUGGACUUCCCCACCUCCAGAGUCAAAGCCAAAAUAAACCCCUCUUUUUUAUAAACUACCCAAAUGCACAUAUUUAUCAUAGCAAUAGGAAAUGAAAUAAGACACAGGAUUUCUAGCGGUCUGGACAUUGGGGCCUGUCUCAGGCAGGGAGCAGCAAGUGUAAUAGGCAAGUCAGGGAUAUGGGGUUGGCUGAGUUGGAGAAACCUGGGGAGUCCAAACUCUUGCUGUGGAACCUGAAGUUCAGGAGAGAGACAGGUCAGGGAAGAGAUGAGUGGACCCAGCCUGAUAGGAAUAGGAAGGAGGACUCAGGGAAGAGUCAUUAAGAGGAGGAAGAUGUUUUGAGGGCAGGUACUGAUAAGGUGCUGCUGAAUUCCUUCCCUUAGGGAGAGCUCCCUUCUCAAGAAGACCUUUGGCCAAAGGAAAGGGGACAUGUUCAAGACGGUGGCCUUCCCAGCCUGCUUUUGGGUCCUUGGGGCUCCACAGGCAGGGAAUGCUGUGGGCCCUUCAGAGACAGGCAGGCUGCUGCUAUGAGAUUCCAGGUCCAGACUCUGAUUAUGCAGGAGGGCAGACCACUGAGGAAAGGCCCUUUCAGUGUAAUUAAAAAGGAUAAUUAAUGAGGAGCAUGGGAGCUGCCUUCCUGACAGCCCCUGAUGAGAUGAGGAUGUAGGCUGGUAGAGGGAGAAGGGGAGAUGGGACAUUUUUUUCUUCUCCCAAAUAGCCAAGGUCAAAGAUGGCUGUGGAGUCUUGCUAAAGGCUAGGCUUUGACGGUCAACUCCAGGGUGGGUAGAGACUGCCAGUCAACCCUAGGCAUUUAUCUCAUAUCCCCAAUGUGCCCUGCCCAUGUGAACUGCUAGGGGUGGGAAGGCAGGAGCCAUGGCUUUUUCUUAAAGAUGACAGGCUCAUGGUGGGCCAAGGUCCACACACAGAAACCAUCUCAGGGUUCUUUCUUCUGGGAGCUUGAUAACAUUACCACGUUCUUAUUUUGGUACAUCAAGAGGACACACGGUUUCCAUAGAGCAGUCUUGGAAUGGGAUGAGAAGUUUCUGGAACUCAUCCUCCAUUAUAAGCUGAUGACCCAAAUCUAUGGCUUCAGGGCAGCGUUCCUGCCCAUCAGUGAUGGGCAUCUUCCUUCAUGCCAUGGUCACAAACCUAACGUUCCCUGAACUCUUCCUUUGCCCUUCCCUUGGGCAGAUGUAAGCGCUCACUCCUCAUUCCCUCCUUUUUCUUAACUGAACUGUGAUGUUGUUUAGGGAACCAAUAUUCUUCCUUAAAACCUCAUUACUCUAGCUUUCCUUGCAGCUAUGGGUAGCUUUAUGACACAGUCCUGGCCAAUGAGAUGAGGAUUGGCAUCCCUUCAAAAGUAAGAAGUCAAAACCUUGCUAAGAGAGUGGCUUUCACCUCCUGCUGCUGCCUGGAGAGAGGACUGGAGGUACUGCAGCCAUUUUGUAUGCAAGGCCACAUGCAGAGGCCAUAAAAAGCAUCUCACUGAGGAUGGUAGAGGUCAAAGGUGGAGGGAUGGCAUUACAGAAUAUCUAGUCCAACCUGAGGGCUGUCCUUCUGACAUGUUUGUGUGAAACGAACAAAUAAUUUGUGAGGGUUCUGUUACUUGAAGCCUUCCUAAUUACUCCCUUGAACUUUCCUCAUGUCCCCUGACUUGACAUCCUAGAGAGUUCUGCAUCUGCUCCACUACCCCGAUCCAGGCUUGCCAUCCAUUUCCUGUUGCACCCAUUGGAGUCCUGCUGCCAGGGUUUUUCUGAAACUUAUUUCUGAUCUUAGUAUGCCUGUGUUUGAACCUUUCAAUAGUCUCCAUUUUCUACACAAGUCCAAAUCCCAUAACUGAAUCCUUCAUGCUCUGGUCCCUAGACACAUUUUCUGCCACCCUCUGCCUUGUGUGGCCUAUCCCAGUAACACUGGUGAUCCUCAUGCCACUGUGACUUCUUUGCCAUGCUGUGGCUGAGCAACCCUCGGGGAGUUCCCUCUCUCUCCCAGCUGACUCCCACUUCCCUGAACCGGGACCCUGUGGGGAAUGUCUUUGUCUUUAGUGCUCAUCUGUCCAUGAGGCAUUUGCAUCCUGCACACACAAUGUUUGAACCUCCUGCCCCUCUGCCCCUCCUGCCUGGAUGCUGACUUCCUGUGCAGCCUCCUGUACCCUGGCCAGGGUCUCAGCCCACUUCAGUGAGUGGGUGCUGGGCUCUGCUCCAUUGGGUCCCUGCCAUAUGCUCACCCUCCACUUACUGCAGAAGCCACAGGGCACUGUUUACUAAAACACAUCUUUAAGUAGGGAGUUUAGAUGACAAGAUGUGUUAUAAUAAAAUUGCUAAAUUCUGCCUGCAGAGCCCUGGGGCACAUCACCAUAGGCUCAUACUUGUUCAGAUAUUCUUUUGGAAUGUUAGUUUUCCCAGUUUUGGCCCCCCUUCCCACCGCCACUGCUUUCCUACAUGCUAAUCUUCCUCUGUUUUGUUUACGAAAAUUAUUUUAAAAUCUUAUUUAUGUAUAUAUUUUUAUCAGUGCAUUAAAAUUACACAUAAUAGUGGAAUUUGUUGUUAUAUUCUCAUAUAAGCACAUAAUAUAACAAUAUAAUUUGGUCAAUUUCAUUUCCUAUGCUCACAGAAUUUUGAGAAACCAUGAGCUCUGGCAGCACAGAUUAACAUUUUAAGAUGUGUGUCUAAAAUUUUUUAAGCCCAGAGAAAACAUUUGUCUUUCAAAAUGAGGGUGUGUAUGUGUGUCCUUGUUCUAACAAAAACCUGCAGUUGUUCAGCACAUUCUAGAAUUUCUUGUCUGGGAAACAUCUCCAGGCCCAUGGCAGCAGUGUUGGUUGGAUGCCAUCCAUGCUGAGGAAUUGCCAUCUUCUAUCAGGAAAUUCAAUUUUCGAGUCGUAGGAAGAAAAUAAUUUCAAUUUGAAAGUUGCUUAGCAUUUGAAGUUGGGAUAGAUUGGAUUAGGAGGAAGCCAAAAAAAAAAAAAAUUCCUCUAAUGGAAAUGAAAUGUCAUCUGUUGGGCGGGGGGAAACUACCUUUAAAGAGCAUGUUUGUUUCUGAAAGAGGAUCUGGGUACCCCUGCCCCUGCAACCAUGGCCUGGUUGGGGAAGUCAAAGGACUAGUCAGUCUGUUUGAAAUAUAAAUGGUAAUUCUGCUUUUGCCUGUGGGAGACAGACGGAGUGGGUAUGGGGAGGAGAAUCUGGAGGGAGAGAUAGGGGUCCAGGAAGAGGCUGCAGGACCAGGCUGUGGAAGUGAUGUAUCCUGGCAGCAAACACGGGCUGUGUGUAGGGCCCUGAGGACUGAUGCUCAGUUUUGAAGUUGGCUCUUGUUCUGUGCUGGGCUGAAAAAUUCCUUCAUUCACUGUAAAUCUUGAGUGUGUCAAUGAGGAGAUGGGAACAAGGGGCUGACUCCAUUCUGGAGCUGACUCAAAGCAGAGAAGGGCUGAUUUGUAGAGAGGAGAAUAUUUGCUGAGAGCAAACGGUCACACCACCAUCUCCCAGCCCCUUGCUUGGCAAAGCUUCAGAGAUAGGAGGGCAGGAAGUAAAAUCUUCACAGUGUAAGAAUUUUGUUAUGAAUAAGACCUUUUUACUUGGGAGCAAAGAAGAACAUGAUUUUGGAAGGCACAGGGCCCAGGGCCAAUGACAAGGCAGGUAUUUGGGCUGUACUCAGGCACUUGGAAAUAAGUGUUGGGGUGGCUCACAGCUGGGCUUUGGAGUGAGAAGCAUCUAGACUUUAUGAUGUGACAUUGUCUUGAGCUGCAGUUUCAUGUCCUAUAACUCACAGGGUUGUUGGGUUUAUUAAGAAAUAAUAAAAUGCAAAUUUUUAAAAGGUAAAAUCAAACAUAUAUGUAUAUGCCAUUCAAAUAGAAUAGCUUUAUAUUUUGUUUUGCUUCUUUUGGGUUCUGGGACCGAGGCUCCCGUGCAUGCUAAGCAUGUGUUCUACCACUGAACCUUGUGGUGCCAAGGUUCACAUUUUAUUUAUCUAAUUAAGGAGGAACCAGGAAGGUGCUAUAGGAUGUUUAAAGGCGAAUUGGAUUUAUAGAGGUUUACAUUCCCAGGGGACAAGUUUCACAUGCACUGCCUUGUUUAGGAAUUACAUACAACACCAUGUAGAGGAGGUACCUAUAAUCCCAGCAACCCUGUGGGACCUGACACUAUCUCUACAGAUUGGCAGGACAGCUCAUGUCCCCAUGGAAUCAGACAACACCCAGGGUCCACUAGACAACAUAUAGAAUUCCAUCAAAGGGAUAGUAGGGAGUUUUUUUUUUUUCCCAUUUAAAACCUCUCACCAUUGUUUUAGACAGUGUUCCCUUUUUGUCCCAGGUUCAUAAUUAAACUUUAUCUUAGAUCACAAAAUGAAGAGUCUCAUUAGGUUUGGCCUGAUUCCUUAGGUGGGUGCAGCAAGAAAGUGCGUGACUCUGCAGGCCUCUGCGAAUCUGUUUUCAAGUGUAGAGGGCUAUGCAGUGUGCGUGACUGUCCGGCCCUGGACAAGCUAUUCUGGAUGUUUGCAUGAGGAAUUUCAGCUUGGAUUUUUGGUUACAGUUUUGGUACUGGAAAUGAAAUCUUCGAUGAUUUCCUCUCUUUUCAAAGUUCCCCAAAUUAAAUGAAGCUCCUGGCCUGCAGAAAGCUAUCUUCUUUGCCACCUGUGAGACAGUCAGGAGUGUUCUUCCUUGAGAGUUCUGUGGCAUUGAUUCAGCAUAUAAAGUGGCUUUAUAAUGAGAAUCCUUCCCAAUAUGAUAUACUAAAUAUGGCCCUUAUGUGAAGUGCAAUUAUAUACUAGUGAAAAGGAUAGUUGCUUAUUGAACCUAUGAAAGUAACUAUAUUUCUAUGAAAAAAGUUAAGGAGACUGAGUGAAUUUCUGAAUUUGGGGAGUCAGUGAGAAUCUGAUAUCACUGAAUUGAGCUUUAUUUAUUUAUUUGUUUAUUUAUUUAUUUAUUAUUUAUUUUUGGUGGUACUAGGGAUUGAACCCAGGGCCUCCUGCAUAUUAGGCAACUGUUCUGCCACUGAACUACAUAUCCCCAAAAAUGUUUCUUUUCAAUUGACAAAAGCAGACCGUUGUAGGUUAAGAAGGAGGAGAAAGGGCUUCCUCCCAGACCAAUAAUUGAAAGAACACUGAAAUGACAUCAGCAAUAUUCCCAAAAUAUAACCACACUGAAGUUGCUUUGCCCACUCCUAUUGAGGUCAGUUCUCAUUCUCUGGAUCCUGGGCAAUAGGCUGCUUUCAGGAAGCUGCUCCUCUGAACUGAGAGAACCUGGAAUCCUGGCUCCACUUGUCUGAAAGUGACCUGAGAGAGGAGAGCACGGUGGUCUGUCUGCAUGAGGUGAUUUAUCCGAGCCCCUUGCAGGAGCACUCCUGCUGCCCUUGUUGCUGAAGAUAGGGCAUCUGGUCUGCAGUUGGUGGCAGAGCUUGCAGAUGAACAACACAGCAAACAAAAGUGGACUUGUAGAUGAUAAGAGUGGUGGUUAAUUUACAACAGCAACCAAUAGCCCAAAAAUGCAGAAGAGUAAAAUUCUCUAUUGGGGAAUAACUAUUUCAUAAGAGUUUUGAUCAAUGUUUCCUUCAGGGUAAAACCGCUUACAGAUGAGGGCACUGACAAGCCUUCAGGGCCUUCCCAGAAAGCAUGUGAUGAAUGAAAUAUUUCUAUAAAUGACAUUUUACUGAUACAAACUUGAGCUAGGGGAGGCUGAACAUUUCUUUGGAUGUGACAAUUCUUCCCUUGCAGACCUGAUUAAGGAAUAACAAAUGUAAGAACUUCUAAGCAUCGUUCUUGCUCUUGUUUUAUAAGGGCAAAGAGAAGAUCUUUGUGAAUUUUCAGGGGCCCUCUAGGAAGUUUCUAAUAAUGUUUUCAUUAAGGAUAAAAUGUUUCAUUUUAGUAUUUCUAGAUUCAAGAUCUGAGCUCAGGAAGAAAAAAUCAAAAGAGUUAUUAGAGAAUAUGGGCACUUGGUUCAGAGGGCAUCAUUAGAGACCAGAAACAAGGCUUGCUCAUCCUUUGGUGACAAUAACAGGUUCUAAAGUGAACAUAGAUGGCAGCAUAAUUUUUAAGAACUUCACUUUCAUAAGCAAGUGUGUGUAUGUGUAUAUGUGUGUGUGUGUGUGUUUUAAUAAUCAAGGAUGUAAUAAAAUCAGUAUAAAGCUGUUUUGUGAGUUUCUUUUUUUUCCUGCUGUUACCAAAAGACCUGUCAAGAACAAUUUUAGAGGAGGAAAAGUUUAUUUGGGGACUCAGUUUUAGAGGUCUCAGUCCACAGAUAGCUGGCUCCAUUCCUUCAGGCUUGAAAUAAGGCAGAAAAUCAUGGCAGAAGGGUGUAGCAGAGGAAAGCAGCUGGGAAUAUGGUUGCAGGAAGCAGAGAGAGAGAGAGAUUCCCCUCAUCACAGACAAAAGAUAUACUCUAAAGGCAGACCCUCAAUGACCCACCUCAUCCAGCCACACCCUACCUGCCUAUAGUAGAUCCAGUUAAUUUCUAUCCACGGAUUAAUGCACUCAUUAGGCUAAGACUCUCAUAACCUGAUCAUUUCACCACUAAACUUUCUUGGAUUGUCUCACACAUGAGAUUCUGGGGGACACUUCAUAUAUCUAAACCAUAACAAAUGCACUGAAAUUUCUGUGAUAAGACACAGACUCUGCUGUAUGGGCAAACUUCACGGAUGGUAAAGAACAAACUUUUGUACUAUAAUCAGUAAUCAGUAAGUCGAACAGCAAGCCCUUCAAAGUGAGUGAACUUUGCUGAAAGUUUAACGUAUUUCAUGGUCUCUUUUCAGACCCAGAUGUUAUAAACCAAGGUAAAUAAAAUUCACUUUUCCUUUCUUUUCCCUUCUCCUUUACUGAAUUAUAUUCUGGAACUAAACUACUCUUGCCUUAUAGAAAAAAAGCCUGUAUGUGAUUGUAUUUCUUUGUCUCCAUUUCUUUGUGUACAGCAUCAACCACCUAUAUAAUGGUUGCUUUACCUAAAGUAACCAACUUUCUUUCACAGAAAAAACUGGGAAAGGGGGCAGAAAACUGGGACCUGCCUACCAAGCAUUUCUGUAGACUCCAGAGUGCAUGAAUACACAUGUUCCCCAGUCACACACGCCUUUCACGUCUUAUAGCAGCAAACGCUAAUGCCUUUAUCAACAUGACUCUAAAUGAAAAUAGUAUAUAGAAAUAAGCAGCAAAACUAUACACACUUAAAAUAAUGCUAGUAAUCUGUACUGUAUCUUACCUAGAACUUUACCUAUGUAUUCACUGAUUAUCCAUUAAUUAGCUACAUAUUCAUUCAAGGUUUUAAGUAACCUAAAGAUUUGGAAAAUUUAUUUAAUCUGAUAUGCUACAAAACAGAUUUAUAAGUUUAUCUGAAUAAUGAUUCAAUUUAAAGUAAACACCAAUUUAAAAGUAUCUUAAACAUAACAUUACAUAAGUGUAAUGUUAACUUCUUUGUCAGUAUAUUAUUUAGGAAGUUCAGAUUAAGUGUUCUCUUUCGUAAGAGUUCAAGCCAAAUAAAAUAUGUAUUUUAUUAUACUAUUAUACUUAAUACUAAUAAAGAGAGGUUCUAUUUGUUUUCUAAAAGUUAUAAGCUAUUUUAUUUCUUCUUUAUUCAUUUUAAUAUAUUUAAAUUUUAAUUGACAUAAUUUAUUUGGUAUGAUGUGAAGUUUCAAUAUGUGUAUACGAUGUCUAAUGUCUAACGAUCAGAUUAGAAAAACUGGCACAUCCAUCACCUUGAACACUGUGUGACUUUUUAUUAUUUUAUUUUUUUGGUGCUGGGGUUUGGACCCAGAGCCUCAUACAUUCUAAGCAUGCACUCUACACCCCCAACUAUCUUUGUUUUUAAAACCAAAAUUAUUGUGAAUCUAAUUUGCUAGAGAUCUAUCUUAAUUAUGUGAACUUGGAUUUAUUAAAUAUUUCUUCACUGAU